CUACUUCCAUGAAUUGGCACCCCGCAUGUCAAGACCGUCAACAAAUCCCUUAUCAGUUGUUGCGCUCAACGUUCCAUCUGCAUCUCGCGACUCGUCAUUUGUCAUUGGAAUGUUGUCAACCAGAAGACGCAGAGAGUGUUUAGUUUCAAAUGAGCGGCAUGUUCAGAGCGAUCAAAUACCGGUUUUCUGCUCUUCUAAUGCAACAUGUACUGUAGGUUUAUUGAAUUUAUGAAGAAAUCGAAUAUAUAGCCCUAUAUUGCACGAAAAGACAAGUGAUUCUUAUUGUUCCAGCCAAGGAGCGAUCUUAGCUACAGCCGCGGUAAGUGCCUGGCUCAUGGUGGCAGCACCAAUGCUGUGUUAGUGUGGGUCUGACGGUACAAUUUAAGCGGUCUAAAUGAAUAACCUGGAGGAGCCAAUACUCAAGCUGCUGCACCUCGCCCUGCUCUCCACCUUCUGGGGCAUGCAGUUUUGGUACAUCUUUUUUACAACCUUUGUGAUGGGCUAUGCUCUGAACAGACACACACAUGGAUAUAUCCAGAGUCGACUAUUGCCUUUCUACCACCGUAUCGCCUCUGCCUGUGCCUUCUUCAGUCUUAUCUUAUUUGAACUGUAUCAUCCCCACCACCAGAUGAGUGACAAGGAGACCUUCCAGAUCUUCAUUUUAUUUGCAUGUGUGAUGGCAGCCACUCUGAAUUCCCACUACUUUGGUGCAAUGACGUGGGAAAUCAUGGCUGACAUGCACCUUAUUGAACAAUCCUGGGGCAUGAGCAAGAACAUCUGGCUCUCAGCCAGCAGCGAGGCCUAUGACAAGCUAUCCCAAUCAAAUUCUGAGUACAAGAGGCUGAGCUACCAGCUGUGGUUCUACCACUGGCUGUCCUCCCUCUGUAACCUCUGCUGCCUCAUUUGCAAUAGCUGUAGCAUGUAUUACCUGGCACAGAAUUUCUGUGCGCUGUGACUUCCAUUCAGUCACGUUCCUAUGGCCUGUCAAUGAAAGUCCAACUACCAUAACAGAAAAAUAUACCGUUGAUGUUUGACAAAUGCAAGAGAAGCUUGUUUGGUCUCUCUAUAUGUCUUAUGUUAUCUAUUGUGCUGUUGAAACAAGUCAAUUCAAAUAACCAGCCUUGACUUUCUUAUUACUAUACUACAAUAAUAGAAAGAUUGUAAGGCUUAGGAAUAUGAUUGGCUUGGCAUGCACCACACCAUCUAGUUGUGAAUGCAAUAUUACGUUUGUAUUUUAAAAUAAAUAAUAAAAGAUUACCUUAUUGAAACGGGUGA